AUGUCCAAAUUUUCUUGUUCAGGUCUAUAUGCAAGCAAUUAAGGAGAGCAUUAAGAAGUGAUGAUCAUCACUCAAUCUGGCGAUUUACAGAUAGUGUCAAAAAGUGGAAAUGAAUAGAUGGUUUACUUACCUUCCAAUUCUAUGGAUACAAUUCUUUGCUUUGCAAGAGAAGUGGAUUAAAGUUAAUAGAGUGGGACCUUUGACCUACUUCAUCCAGAGUCACAAAUUAGGGUCUCCUUCCUUCUCAAUUUAAAAGAUAUUGAAUAAUUAAGAGUUCUAAUGAGAGGGAAACAAGUUUUUUUGGAUACUUAAAAUUAUGUUGUCUUGGGAAAACUAGCUUCUGAUAUAUGUAAUUAAAGAUACUUAACAUUAGAACUCAUAUAAGCAAGGAACAGAAUUUAAGUGCAAAAGAAAGCUUCUCUUGUAUUGAAAGAUUCAGUUUCCAGGGGCAGAUUGGGACAACUAAGAUAGGAGGCAAAGAUGUUACGACUGUUAAAAGAUUACCGUCACAAAAAUAUAAUUUUAUUGGAGGAAAUCAUAACAGAUUGUAGAUCAGUGUCAAUCGUAUUGGAGUAUUGUCAAGGUGGAGACCUUCUGCAGCUCUUGUAGCAGAAGAGUUUUGAUAUUGAUGUUCCUAGGUUAAUGUUAAAUCUACUUUCUGGUUUAAAACAUCUCCAUGAUUUGGAAGUAGUUCAUCGAGAUAUCAAGUUAUAGAAUAUUUUAUUUAAAGACUCCAAGAAUAUGGACACCCUGAAAAUAGCUGACUUUGGAUUCUCUUGUCUAAAAUCUCAAAUUUCAUUUAUUAAUCCAAUUUGUGGUACUCCAGGAUAUACAGCCCCUGAAGUAUUUAGUUAAUCGAGUAGCUAUGAUGAAAAGGUUGAUAUCUAUAGUGCAGGUAUCAUUUUCUAUAAUAUUUUAACAUCAAAAAAUCCUUUUGGAAAUUCUAAGAAUAUUUCUGACCUGAUCUAAUCUAAUAUUAGUGGCAACUAUAAUUAGGCAUAUUUAGAAUCAACAUAUGUUAAUAAUCCUCUUGCUUAUGAUUUACUGACUAAGAUGCUCCAGAAGGAACCACACUCAAGACCCAGUGCUGAUGAAUGUCUUAAUCAUCCAUAUUUUAAAAUCCAAAUAAAUGGCGAUUUUAGAAUUGAUGAUGUUAAAGAAAAGAUAUAAAUUAAAAGAAAAUCUAAAAAAUAAAAGAGGGAAGCUUAGAAGCAAAGCAGAAUGUGA